CCUCCCAAUCUCUAGGGCGAUGGCUAAAUCGAGCCAAGUAAUAAAAUUGCAGUAAAAGAAAUGAUUUACAUCAUAUUUAUAAUAGAAGUUUACUUGGACACAAUAAAUUAAUUUUGGAUUUUUGAUAUGAAGAUUUCCAUUUUUGUUAUCGUUGUGGUUGCCAUCACUACACAAACUACGUACAUAGAAUCUAGGCCUUACUUGCCAAGAAUACAAAUAUAUGAAAUCCGUGAAAAUCCCGAGUGGAAGGAUGACUCUUAUUCCAACCAGAAAACAAAAACAGCUCCUGCUACGCUUCUACCGGGAUUAGAUCUAGAUCACAUUGACAAACCAAAGAUUUUAAUUUUACCAAUCAGACAAAAUCAAAAACUAAUACCUGAUAUUUUCAAACAACUUAUUGGAAAUGCAAUUCAAGAUAAAAAUGAAGAAAUAGAUACAGAUACCAGUCAUGAAGUAAGGAAGAUGAUUUUUGAUAGGUAUGAAGGUGAUACCAGUGUUAGUGAUGAAGAUGAUGCUGGAAGAGAUGAUGGAGAAAAAUAUGAUAGUGAUACCAGUGAUGACGAUGAUGACGGUAAUGACAUUAGUGAUGGUAAUGACGAUGAUGAAGCUGUUGACGAUAAUGAUAUUGCAAGUGAACCAGACAAUUUUGUAGAUGAAACACGUUCGAGGUCAAGAAUGAGAAGAGGAAAGAAAACAAUGCUUCGUAAGGCAAAUACGAAUAAUGUAUUGUUUUAUGUUUGAUACUUGUCGUAAAAUUUUACUUUUAUUAAUUAAUAAACAUUGCUUUGGAAACA